AUGAUAGACCGCAAUAAUUACAGAACCAAAAGACGCGUAAACUAUACACGUUCCCAUUCAACCAAAGAACAAAUAGAGAGAAUCUAUAAAAAUGUAGCAUCAGAAACCACGUUAAUACAACGACCACUCAGAGAUUUCUGGAAAUCCUACGCAAACUACCUGAAAACCACACAAAAUCUCGAUCAUUCACGGUCACAAAAUGAAUAUUGGGAUUGGAGAAAAAAAUUUGUGGAAUUUGUAAAGAAAAACGAACAAAAAAAGAUCGGAUGGAAUGAAUUUCAACCUCCGUUGCCGAGUACUGUCUUAUUCUUACAAACGAUGGCGAAAACCCUGGUGGAAGAGAAAUUGGGACUACACUCAUAUGGUCAUGUUGUAUUAUUAAUAGGACAAUUAGCAUUAAAUAUUGCUUUUAUUACUAGACAAUUUAUUGAUACCCUAGAUAAGACCAAAGUUUUAGAUGUUAUUAUUGAUAGUAAUCACACUAGCAAUGCAAUUUCUUUUAUUACGCAUAAUUCAACGCAUCAAGAAUAUUUAACUUCUGCAACUGGAUUAGUCCUAAAUAAAGGAAUUGAAUUUCAGAAUUUAGUUAUAGUAUUACAAAAAAUUGCCACUUUCUCAUUAUUUAAAUUUAUCCACUACAUGAAGCCUUCUACAUUUAUCACAGAAUUUCAUGAUCCGCCAUUCAUAGACACCGCAACAGAUUUCGUGAAAUUUACAAUCAGCAAACCAGAAUGGGAACGAAACUUUCGAAAAACACACAAAAUUUUAUACUCACUUUUAGCGCGUCCUUUACUCAUUCUACUAGGAUUAAUUGCAUUAUACGUGAAAUUACUACAAGUAACAUCAUCACUACAAUGGUUUCAGAGUCUCUCCCUCACAAAUCAUUUAAUUGAUAACUUAUACCAAAACCCAAGUCAUGUAUUAAGUUUCCUCGGACUAGCGAAUAAUAUUGCCGGUCUUUAUGGACUAGAACCGGAAGACGACCGAACAAUGUUUUUCGAACAUGUUCGUGUACACGAAUACGAUUUCUUACAUGCGUUGUUAAGUGGAUUCAUGCGAGAGGAACGACAAUAUUGGAUUGGAUAUUGGCAGAUUAUGCUUUACUCGGUUGCAAUUAAAAGUCAAGAUUUAAAUGAGGCGUUUUGGGAAUCUGUUUAUGGAGAAACUGCGGAUCGUUAUGAUAAUGAAGAAAACAGAAACGGAGUAACAGGAAUUCAAGCUCCAUUUACCGAAAGUCCGACAGGAAGUGAUCAAGCUCAAUUUACUGAUAGUCCAAUUGGAAGUAAUCAAGCCUCAUUUACUGAUACUUUCCUUCCCACCAUGUAUCCGACCCCAGUGAAAAUUGUCACUAGCACACCCAUCAACGGAAAUAUUUCUGGGUCGAUGGCGAGAAAGCGCAUCAUUGAUCGGGUUUUGGGUGUUACUCCCACUGGUGGCAUUUUUUGGUAUUAUUAA